AUGCUCUCUGCCACAGCUACCUCCUUGCGGGCAGGCUCACGACGAGCUAUAUCCCGAGUAGCUGGGGCCUCGUCCGUCGCGGCUCCGAGACAGAUCCGACGUCCCAAUGUCGCCCUAUGCCGAGCCCUCUCCGCCACGAGCGCGUUGGCAUCACCACCUGCCCGAGACCGUACACGAGAGAUUGUUGCCCAGACUGUGAGCAGCAUUGGCAGCAAGCGCGAGGGUCAGCAGUACCUCAAGCUGUUUACUUCGGUAUCAUCCCAGAAGUUCGCCGUCAUCAAGGUCGGCGGUGCCAUAUUAACAGAACAUAUGAUCCAUGGAGCUGGGCCCCAAUUGAACCGGCUUCUAGAAGAAGCUGGUGUUGAACCCCACUUUGAGGAAGGUAUUCGUGUGACGGAUGCUAAGACGCUUGGUGUCGCCAGAAAGCUCUUCCUUGAGGAAAACUUGCGACUCAUUGAUCGUUUGGAUGAGCUCGGUGUCGCCACCCGUUCAUUGAGUGGCGUAUUCAUGGCGGAUUAUCUCGACAAGGAAAAGUGGCAGUAUGUUGGCAAGAUUACCAAGGUCAACAAGGAGGCUAUUGAAAAGUCUAUUGAGGCUGGGUACAUUCCCGUCUUACCUUCCAUGGCUGAGACUGAGGAUGGCAGACUACUCAACGUUAAUGCAGAUGUCCUAACCUCAAACCUUGCCCGUGCUCUGGAGCCUCUCAAGGUUGUCUAUCUUUCCGAAAAGGGUGGCCUCUUUGAUGGCGAAGGCGAGAAGAUCUCCCAUAUUAACCUUGAUGAAGAAUUCGAUUAUCUCAUGUCUCAGCCCUGGUGCCGGUACGGCACUCGUCUUAAGAUUAAGGAGAUUAAGGAGCUUUUAGACACUCUUCCACGCAGCUCUAGUGUUGCCAUCAUCCAUCCAAGCGAGAUGCAAAAGGAACUUUUUACUGAUUCUGGUGCUGGUACUCUUAUCCGUCGCGGUGAUAAGAUUCAAAAGGUUUCUUCUAUCAAUGAAUUUGAGGACCUUGAAAAGCUUAAGGCGUCUUUAAUCCGGGAUCGCGAAGGUCUGGACGCCGAGGCUACUGUUGAGCGGUAUAUUGAUUUCCUCAAAGAGAAUUCCUUCACUGCUUAUUACGACGACACUAUGCAAUGCCUUGCCAUUGUCAUGCCGCCUAACAAGGACCGUCCUAUGGCUACUCUGGCUACGUUAACCAUCACCAAGUCUGGCUGGUUGACGAAUGUUGCCGAAAACGUCUUUUCCGCGAUUAAGAAGGACUAUCCCAGCCUUGUUUGGACCGCUCGCGGCUACUCUACCAAGGCUCGUCCGUUUCAGGGUGUCGGUCAACGACGAGGAUAUGUCACCACCACUAACCCCAAUCCUCCCUUCGGAAAGAAGAACGCCUCCAACGACGUUCCCUCCCGCGUCGGGUUGAUUGGCGCCCGUGGCUAUACUGGUCAAGCACUUAUUGACUUACUCAAUACGCAUCCUUACAUGGACCUUCGGCACGUUUCUUCAAGAGAGCUUGCAGGCCAGGAGCUCCCGGGAUACAGCAAGCGAAAGAUUAUCUAUGAGCAUCUCGGUCCUGAGGAUAUUGGACAGCUGGAGAAGAAUGGAGAAAUUGACUGCUGGGUCUUGGCUUUGCCUAAUGGCGUCUGCAAACCCUACAUCGAGGCUCUUGACGAGGCUCGCAAGGGUAGCAAUCACCGUAGCGUCAUUGUUGACCUUUCUGCCGAUCACCGGUUUGACAGCAAUUUUGUCUACGGGCUGCCAGAGCUUACUAAGCGCUCCGAAAUCUACAAGGCCACCCGUAUAGCCAACCCGGGCUGCUACGCUACCGCCGCUCAGCUUGGCAUUGCUCCCAUGCUGGAUCAUCUGGGUGGCCAGCCCACCAUCUUUGGUGUGUCUGGCUUCUCAGGGGCAGGAUCUCGGCCGUCUCCUAAGAACGAUGUCGUCGCUUUGAAAGAUAACCUCAUGCCGUACAGUCUCACGGACCAUGUACAUGAGCGUGAGAUAAGCAGCCAGCUCAAUACCCAGGUUGCCUUUAUGCCUCAUGUUGCCUCUUGGUUCCGUGGCAUUCACCACACUAUCAACAUCCCUCUCAACAAGACCAUGACCUCUCGUGACAUUCGCCAAAUCUACCAGGACCGAUACGCUGGUGAAAAACUCGUCAAGGUUGUCGGCGAGGCGCCGCUCGUCAAGAACGUCAUGAAUAAGCACGGCGUGGAAAUUGGUGCAUUUGCCGUUCACAGCAGUGGUAAAAGGGUGGUCGUAUGUGCCAGCAUCGACAACUUGCUCAAAGGUGCUGCUACGCAGUGUUUACAAAACAUGAACCUUGCGUUGGGGUAUGCCGAAUUUGAGGGCAUCCCUACCAUGUAA